AUGCGUCCAACCUCGCUGCUAGUGCUGGCCGUCGUCGUGUCUGCGAGUGCCGUUUCGGCCUCAGUGAUCCGGCCCCAGACCAGCCAGUUAGAGUAUGUGGUCGCUACAACUGAGAAUGGAGUCGUGCGAGGUGAGGUAGUGACCUCGCUGAACGGGACGCCCUACAGGCGGUUCCUCGGCAUCCCAUACGCCACACCGCCGACUGGGGACCUCCGCUUCAAGGCUCCGCUGCCGGCAACCAACUGUACUGGAGUCAGGGACGCCCUCACCUUCGGCCCCAGCUGCUCACAGUCUGGCCAGGGCUCUGAGGACUGCCUCCACAUCAACGUGUUCGUACCCCAGACUGACGACGUCUCUCCACUGCCUGUAAUGUUCUACAUCUACGGCGGAGCCUUCACUUCU